AUGGCGAUCGUCAUCGUGCGCAUCGCGUCGUCGCCGUGCGCGUCGUCGCGUCGCAUCGCGCGCGAACGAGGCGCGGAGGCCAUGCGCGGCGUCGACGCGGUGGACGAUGGGCGACAGCGCGCGUGCGAGCGCGCGGUGGCGCGAUGCGACGAGCGCGUGGUCGCGUUGGCGCGAUUGUGUAAACAGUUCAGAGAUGACGCGCUGCGAGCGAACGAGGCGGUGCGAAAUGAGUUCGUGGAGGCGCUGAGGUCGAAUGGAACGGGAGGCGGGCGCUCGGGGGGUGGUUCCGGCGAAGGGGGGGGGGACGAGGCGGACGCGCGCGGCGGACGCGGAGGCGGAGGCGCGGCGGGAGAGGCGGACGCGGUGCGAGCGAUGUUGGAGGCGUUCGAAUCGCGCGUUGAGGCGAGGAUCGAUCGAUUAGCGACGAUGAUCGGUGAAGCGAGCGCGGUGCGGGCGGAGGAGAGCGCGCGGUUGCGGGAAGAGUUGGAGCGCGAGCGGGCGGCGAGGCGGGCGGCGGAGCGAGCGGCGGAGCGAGCGGCGGAGCGAGCGGCGGAGGAGGCGACGAGGUGGGACGGCGGUAAAUCGGAGCGUCGACGCGAGAGGAACGGUCGGCGUGCGCGGAAGUUCGAUCGCGGCGACGAAACGGCGGAGUUGAGCGAUGCGACGUCGGUGGACUCUGACGUUGAGCGAGCGGAGGAUCGAACGCGAACGAAUGCGAAACCAGAGCUCGAGGCUCGGCGACGGCGACUUCGCGCGCUUUAUCGUGAACUUCAGGAGGUUACGAUGUGA